AGGAGCCAAGUGGAAUAAACUGCAGAGUAUAAACAUUAGCGGGAAAACGAAAGUCGGAAAAACAGAUAACAAUUGCACCGAAGUUUAAAAACAAGCGAAGAAGGAACCGUUUUUAGGCUGUUUUAGGCAUACCUAGUCCUUGGGUGACCUUUAACUAGCCAAUUAACCAUAAGGUAGUUCAUAUGUAGCCCUUUCUGCACAAAUGGCGAGAAGGUAGCCGGUAACCUUUCGCAGCCGAAAUUGGCGCUAUGUUUAUAACUGGAAAUGGAAGGGACCAAAACGGAAAUAAAAUAUGAAGAAACAAGGAAUGGAUUGAAUUUCGCUGUACAAAGUAGAAACUUCAAAGGACCAGCUGAUAGGCCUUCGCUGAGUCCGGCAGCAGGAGACGAUAUGUAUUACUUUCGUGUUCAUGGAGUCAACUUCCAAGAUUUGCAUGACUUUGGAGACAGAAUGAAGUAUGGGAAACAAAUGAGAAAAAUCACAGCUGUUGAACACAACACAAAAAGUGGACAACUUAUUCAUCUGAACAAAAAGGAGAUUGCUGUAUUCCGUUAUGGGGAAAGAGCAUAUGCAAUUGAUGAAAAGUGUCCACAUUUGGGUGGGCCACUUCACAUAGGAGAUAUUGAAACCAUCAGUGAAGCAAACAUUUUGUGCAUUGUAUGUCCAUGGCAUCGUUGGAAAAUUGAGCUGAAUACUGGUAAGCUUAAAGUCCCACAGCGUAACAGAGAAACAAAUGUAUACCCAGUGAAAGUGGGAAAUAAUGGUGAAUUAUAUAUUGGAUUUCAAGAGUUUGCCUCUGCAUACUUUGAUGGCAGUGAGGAUUUCUAAAGUGUUUUGUUCUUGAUCAUUCACCAUCCAUUGGUGAAUCGUUAAAAAAGUGUGCAAUAAAAGUUUGUAGUUCCCUCAAUUUGCUACUGUAAAUAAACUGAGUGUUCUGUGUUAUUAUAUCUGGAUUGGGUAAAAACAGGUAAAAACAGAACUGAAUUUUGUAAAAACAGUUCAUUUUGAAUUUUAAUUGGAAUAUAGAGUUAAUUUUGAACAAAAUAUUGGAAGAAAGCAUGAAAUGAUAAAACCUAAUAUUUACCAAGAGAAAAUGUGAGUAAGUGACUGAUCUGGGCAGGGCUCAGGUCCAUGACCAAGGGUAUUAUACAUUGUUUUUCCCCAACUGAGAUACCUAGCCAGGUUUUGAAAUUUCUUUUUUCCACAAUGUAAAAUAUUACAACCCAAUACCAGUUUGCUCAUUUUUUCCAUCUUAUCCUUUUCAAUAUCAUAACCAAUUGAUUUCAAAGCUGUAUAAAGGAAUAACUAUUAGCUACUAGGUAUUCUAAAACAUUGUAAAAAAUAUUAGCAUCAUGAACAACAAACAUCAAGCUGUAGCAAAUUGUAAAAAAUAACUGUAAACCCUAUGCCUGUACAUUAUUUAGAGAGUUCAAAUCUCUAUCUUUUUGACUUAAACUUUUUACAAUGUUCAUUUUUAAAAAUAACUCAAUGCUCAUUUUUAAAAACUCUUGACUUUUUUAACCAAAAGCCGAUAGGUUUUUAUGACAAUAUUUGUAAUUCAAUAAUGUUCAGUUAUAAAUUCUAUGUCAACCAACAAGACUUGUGAUCUAGGUUUGUAAAUACUAUUCCAUCUAGAUGUUGUCUAAUGUUUGUGUGAAAAAGUUUAAGCAUUUGAAAUACAGUAACCCUUGAAAAAGCUAUUGUGAUUUUUGAAAACUUCUCUCAUUUUGCCCCAUGUUGCAAUUGAAUGUCAAGGUUCAAGAAAACUUAAAAAGAAAUUCUUAAAAAAUCCAUAUUCCUGAAAUGUAAAAUUGACCAAGGUUCUUUUUUCCUUAUAAAACAAAUUCUUUUUACUUUGUAGCUAGUCACUAAGCAUUGCCAGGAUAAACAAAGGAAAAAUGUAUCAGCAUAAGAGAAAAAUAAUUUUGAUUUGUUACAGUACAUAAUUACACCAACUAUGGACAUAAAUUCUAACUAUGACUGCUCUAAAGCAAUGUCACAACUACAAUUAGAAUCAACCAUUACAAGGAAUUAGCUCAUUCUGUUGAAAUGAAUAAAUCCCUUAAUGUAAACUGGAAUCUAGUUUUAAUGACACAUGCAUUUGUUGGCACUGGGCAGUGGGUGCUUCACAUAUCAUACAAGCUAUCAGUAGCCACCAUCUUACACAAGUUUUUCCUAUCAAUGGUAUUCCACAAUGCUAGCUUGAAGAGCCUUUCUUUAUUUGUUGUAAUCUUCUACGUAAAUCAUCCAAAUUGACCUCCUUCUUCUCCUUUUUCUCUGCCACUUGUGUGAUGUCAGGCUGAAAAAGCAAGAAGCAGGCAACAUUAUCCCAGAAAUCAAAUAUAUGGCAUUUUGAAAUGGUUUGGUGCUAGUAGCAGUAUUUGCAGUUUGAGCAGAAUAAACAGAAUUUUUAAAUAUCAGAUGUCUUUGGAGGCAUUUUUAGUCUACACCAUAACUGCUUUCAACACAAAUUAACAUGUUUUUUGUAUAAGAGACACACAAAAUGAGUUAAUGUCAGUCUCAUAAACAUUAAAUAUCUCCCAGACUCAGCCUCAAACAUUUUAAGUGUAAGUUCAAUUUUAAAUAUCCUUUGAUAUAAUUCCUUGUAUUUUUACCUUGUUUCGAUUUUUUUGUUUUUCUUUAUUUGUUCCAGGUACAAAAUUCUGCAUGUUAUGAAAACCAUUUAGUCUCUAAUUUGAACCUGGCUAUAUGUCUUAUAAAUGUUUUUUAUAUUUUUUUCAGCAAUCUCAACCUCAUGUUUCUAAUAUGUAUAUAUGUU